AUGCAGCAGGUUUCCUGGGAAAAGCUACAAGCUAAAGGCAACCCAUUACUCUCCCCAGCUUACAAAAGUAACGGCCACGUUUUUACAUCCGGAAACGUCGGUAGUCGACCAGACGGAACGUUUCCGUCGGAUGUCGCUGAACAGACGAAAUUGGCAAUUCAAAAACUGGAGAAAGUCCUUCAGGCAUCCGAUUCCUCUCUUUCUCAAGUUCUGAAGGUCCUUUUGUUCAUUGCCAAUCCAAAGGACGCUGCCACUGUCAACUCUGUAUACAAAGACUACUUUCCUCACAUGCCUUCCAGAUCUUGUGUUGUUGUGGGGUUCCCAAACAAGCAAGUGAAAGUUGAACUCGAGUGUGUAGCCAGCUACAACCAGAGAGAUUCAAAGUUAUAA